CCACUAUUCUGAUGCGCUGCCUGGGACUAGGCCUCUUGUCAUCACCCCAGCCCGAUUGCUUGCUGUCCUUGUUGUCAUCGUCUGCGGCGUGAGGGGACCAUCCUUAUUUCUGACUCCAAGCGCCCUGCUCUCAUGGCCUCAAUUCUCCGCUAGCCCGUGAUAGAGCAUUCUGCAGUCUCCUCAGAUAACCCCGAAGAAGCGCCGGGUCUCGUGCCAGGCUUGUGCUCAUGUCUGCUGCCAUUUCGGACCAUGCUCAACCUGACCCCUCUGCUGUCGGAUUCGGACCAGCUCAUUCUCGUCCUACAUCACCGCCGUUGAACCCGCCAACAUCCUACUCUCAGAUGGAGCACGUCGCACAGUCGAGACCGGCCCGGAGCCCAACCACGAGCGAUGCAAACGAUCGCUUGGCCGUGGGCACGACCCAGGCGACCGCCGUUGAUGAUGCUUCUACCCCGCGCCAGUCGCCAAAUGGUCGCGGAGCCGCGACCGAAGUCAACAAGCGAAGCGUGGAUUAUAUAGUACGGAGCGGAGUUGCGGGGGGUCUGGCGGGGUGUGCGGCCAAAACUGUUGUCGCACCUCUCGACCGGGUCAAGAUCCUGUUUCAAGCGUCAAACCCACAGUUCGCCAAGUACACCGGCAGCUGGUCUGGCCUUGUAUUGGCUGUCCGCGAUAUUAAGCGCCAUGAGGGCCUCCGGGGCCUCUUCAAAGGCCAUUCUGCCACGCUGCUUCGCAUCUUCCCCUACGCCGGUAUCAAGUUCCUUGCCUACGAGCAGGUUCGGGCGGUCGUCAUCCCGUCGCACGACAAGGAAACGCCCUUCCGCAGGCUUAUCUCCGGAAGCUUAGCCGGAAUCACAUCCGUCUUCUUCACCUACCCGCUAGAGCUCAUCCGGGUUCGAUUAGCGUUCGAGACGAAACGCACGUCUCGUUCGUCCUUCAGCAAUAUAUUUCGACAGAUCUACAACGAGCGGGUCACCCCGCCGCCCACAUCGACCGGCGCGUCGAUAACCAAAGCCCCUGUCACGGCUACGGCAGAGAGUGUCGCGUCGACCGUCAGCAAGGUCGUCCCUAGUUCCGGACUGACGAAUUUCUACCGGGGAUUUGCCCCGACCCUCCUCGGAAUGCUCCCCUACGCCGGAAUGUCGUUCCUGACCCACGAUACCGUCGGAGACUGGCUAAGGUCGCCGUCGAUCGCCCCCUACACCGUCAUCCCAGAAUCCGAAGCAACAGCGCAGUUGAACAAGGGAUACCGCCGGUCGCAACUGACGGCGGCGGCGGAGCUUUUCUCGGGGGCGAUUGCAGGCCUCGUAUCGCAAACCUCGUCGUAUCCACUUGAAGUGGUGCGACGGCGCAUGCAAGUGGGUGGCGUCGUUGGCGAUGGCCGCCGGCUCGGAAUUGUCGAGACUGCCCGCACUAUCAUGCUCGAGAGGGGCUUUCGGGGAUUCUUUGUUGGGCUGACGAUCGGGUACAUUAAGAUAAUUCCGAUGACAGCCACUGGGUUUUUCGUUUACGAGCGUCUGAAGUGGUCACUGGGGAUAUAAGGACUACGGAGUCCGCAUUUGUUCAUUUUUGUUUGGAUUUACCGAGUUGGCGUCGUUGGAUUCGAUACCUACAUUUGUUCAUACCCAUCUUUCGCAUGAACGAGGGCCCGGGCUCUCGUGGUACGGAUUACGGAGUAUUGUAUAUACAUAGAGUGGCUAAAAGAGCUGCCUGAUGAGUGUUCUAUACAUCGUUGACCGGCUAGAUUUGUUUGCCACUACCACAAGAUUCAUCUUAUCUGAGCCUCGUAACCUUGAAUCUAUAUACACC